AUGUCGGAAGAAAAGAGCCACCGCCUCUACGUCAAGGGACGCCACCUUAGCUACCAGCGCGGAAAGCGCAACACCAACCCCAAUGUGAGCCUCCUCGCUCUCGAGGGCGUUGACAACACCGAGGCCGCUUCCUUCUACCUUGGAAAGCGCGUCGCCUUCGUUUACAAGGCACCUACUGCUGUCCGCGGAACCAAGCACCGCGUUAUCUGGGGACGCAUCAGGAGGACACACGGAAACUCCGGUGUUGUUCGUGCUUCUUUCAGGUCCAACCUUCCUCCCAAGAGCUUCGGCGCCAGCGUGAGGGUCAUGCUCUACCCCAGCUCGAUCUAA